GGAGGGGAAGGGGGAUAAUGAAAGAAGAAAAGGCUGGCUCCUGACGCACUUUCUCCUGAUGGGAGGGGAACAAGGGACCCGAGCCCACUGGUGACGUUUCCCUCACGUGAUCAGGAGCCGAUGUAUACAGAAGUCUCUCUCUUCCAGGUCUUCAGAGCUGUGAUUGCAGAAGAAAAGGAAAGACUCGCAGGAGCAGUACAGGUCAGGCAAAGGAGGGAACAUCUCAACAUGAAAAAACUCUAUAAUGAAAAUGAAGGAAGCGAGGGAAAGCCAGAAGAUAAAAUAGAUACAGAGGAUGAAGGAAAGUCAGACAGGAAGGAAAAGCCAGAAGUGGAGAAGAAGCCAGAGCACGAGGGAAAGCUCCAAGAUCAAGGACAGCCAGAUGCUGAGGGGAAACAAGAAAAGCAGAGCAAGUCCCAAGGUGAGGGAAAAGUUCGCAUUGAGGGCAAGCCAGAACCCCAAGCCAAACCAGCGCAAGCUGCUGGAAAAUGCCCGGCUGAAGAGUAUGUGCCCUAGAAAGGAAAGCGAAAAACAGACAGGUGGAUGGAUGAUUCCCUCAAGGACUAUCAGGAGGACUUACGGAAAAGGCAUGUGGGCAUUGAGGAGAGGAUGAGAGAAUAUGGAAAUGUAGCAAGGCUUCGGGAAGAGCUCAGGAAAAGGCAGAAAACAGGUAGUUUUCACUGGAUGCAAAGAGAUGUACAGGAUCCAUUCUUCCCAAGGGGCCAACAGGGUGUCAGGGGAGUGAAGGGUGGAGGUAGGGGCCACAGAGACCUUGAAGACAGUCCAUACAUUUAAUGCCUUUGCCUUUAAAUCAAUUUCUCUGAUGGGAAUAUUGCCAACCCUGCUUUCCCUGGCAAGCAUUUGCCAGGCGAUGUGCUUUACCUUCAUGCUGAUACUUUACUUUAGGCAUCACCCUUGUUACCAGCAGCCUUUUGAUCCAACUGCACAGUGCUCUCUGUUUUAGUAGGGGAUUUUCACCCAUGUGCAUGGCAUAUAUGUUCCUGGUACAUUGUAAAAAUAAUAAAUAGUUUUCAGAACUGCA